GGCUUCCUGCGUGAAUCGCGUACGAAAUCGUUCGCUCAACUAGUUUAUAACUGGCGACCCAAAAAAAAAAAAACUGUAGAUUAAUGUGAAUAAAAAAUUAGAUUUGGUGAUUUUUGGGACCACCUUCCGCGACUUCGUCACGAUCAAGUUACGUUUGCUCUGGGUUCGGAUCUCUCUGCCGGCGCGCGUUGGAACUAGAUAUUCCGUCCGUCGAAGCUUGACUAGUGGAGUGCACCGAUUAUAGGUCGCCUUAGAGCUAUUUUGUUUCGCAUCCGUACGGCGAUCCGCGACACCCCGAACUACUCGCCACGCUAUCGACCGAUCCAGCGAUCGAUCAAUCGAUCAGAGUGGACCGUCCUGGUAGUAGUUACUGUAUUGCGGUUGUGUGUGAUCGUAAUAAUCAAUUUACAUUUAUGAAAUGUAUCAACCAGUUUCCAGCUCUUAUGAUUGAUUUCGAUCAAAUGCGACCGCCUCACCGCAGGGCAGGCAGCUUGUAGUGCGGGGCUUUUGAGGGAGAGGAAAAAAAGAAAACGAAAAAAAAAACGCGCGCGGUCAAGUUUUGAAUUUCGUGGAACAGUGCUUGGGAUUCGAUAGUAUACUUUCUCUUGAAAUAGAUUAAGUGUCGAAGUCAAAGGCCCGUUUAAGGUUUUGAAUUCCGUUAAAGUGUUCGUGCAAAUUCAUCGUUAUAAGUGCAUUGUUUUUAUGUUACAUCCAGCAGAAGAACUAGACUUUGAAUUCCUGAACAACGAUUUCGAGCAGCAAAUAAGAAGGAGAAUUGUGGUCGGCUGGCAAUUAUUAUGCAACCAUGUGAUGAGGAUUUACCAGUUCGAUAAAUUGCUACCUUCCGUAGCAGCGCGCAGUAGUGAAAACCGCAGCAGUUUGAGAGACGCAAAGUAGCAGAAAAGUCGGACAUAACAACAAAAAAGUAACAACCAAACAAUGUCACUGUUCUCUUCGUCGACUCCGUCGCGGCCCCGCUCCCUGAUGGAGGCCCUGCUGGCGAAAAAGAUCGAAGCCGCCUCGCAGGCUGCCGGACCGGGCGGAUCGCGGCUCAUUCGGACCGACUCGAUGGACUCGAGCAGUAGCAUCGGUUCGCUCGGUUCGUUGAUUCUCGGCGAGGAUGUGUGCCGCUGCGAUGACUGUCUGCUCGGGAUUGUCGAUCUGUACACGAUCGGACCGCAGGAGACGGCCAAUGCAAAGAAAAAGCCCUCGGGAUGGCGAAAGCUGCGAAAUAUCGUCCAGUGGACACCGUUCUUCCAGACCUACAAGAAACAACGCUACCCUUGGGUGCAGCUUGCUGGGCACCAGGGCAAUUUCAAAGCCGGUCCGGACCAGGGCACAGUGCUAAAGAAGCUGUGCCCCAAGGAGGAGAAAUGCUUCAAGGUCCUCAUGAAAGACGUUAUUCGCCCGUACGUACCCGAGUACAAGGGCCAGGUGAACAGCGAUGAUGGCGAAUCCACCUACAUCCAGCUGCAAGAUCUGCUGAGUGACUUUUACCAGCCGUGCGUGAUGGACUGCAAAAUUGGCGUACGGACCUACCUGGAGGAGGAACUUUCCAAAGCCAAAGAGAAGCCGAAACUGCGAAAGGACAUGUACGAAAAGAUGAUCCAGAUCGACCCGAACGCUCCGACCGAGGAGGAACACCGGGCCAAGGGAGUCACCAAGCCGCGCUACAUGGUAUGGCGGGAAACAAUCUCCAGUACCUCGACGCUCGGCUUUCGGAUAGAGGGCAUUAAGAAAAGUGACGGAACGAGCUCGAAGGACUUCAAAACAACCAAAUCCCGUGAGCAAAUAAGCGAGGCAUUCCAGGAGUUCACCGAAAGUUUCCCGCACGCAUUGCCUAAAUACAUCCAACGGCUGAAGGCGAUCCGGGCCACCCUGGCUUAUUCGGACUUCUUCAAGGGACACGAAGUGAUCGGCAGUUCGUUGCUGUUCGUGCAUGACCGACACAACGCCAGCGUGUGGUUAAUUGAUUUCGCCAAAACGGUCGCCCUGCCGGACGGAGUGACCAUCACGCACGACAGCAAGUGGAAGGUCGGGAACCACGAGGACGGUUACAUGAUCGGGAUCAACAACAUGAUCGAGAUAUUUGACGAGGUAUACGAAGCGCAGCAGGCGGCACUUUCCGAGCGGAUACCGAGGCUUUCGUUGCCCGAUCUGGAUGAUUUCAGCAACAACAGCAUCAAUAACAACAACAACAACAACACUCGCAACAACAGUAGUCGGAGUGAGCAAACAUCAAACAACGAAGACGCAGUGCAGCCUCCUUUACUAGUGGAACUAAAUUCGAUGACGUUAAAUUCGGUGGAAUCACCGUCGCCUACUUCAAUCAGCACAAUCGCUCCUUCAGAAUCCUCCAGCAGUGUGGCGUACUGCGUGAACAACAACAACUGCGACUGCAAGAGUGACGAUGUUCCCAGCUCGAAUAGUUAAUCUUUCUCAGCUCCUGAUGCAUAGGCUAAACUAAGUAGCAACUAAAAUAGGCAUUGUUGAUACGUUUGUGUUGGCACGAGCUCAACAAACUGACGUAGAACUGAAUCUGAGCUGUCGAUUUGCGGAAGGGGGACUGCACGGCAUCGGAAGCUCCAACGUCUAGUAUUUCUAUUGUGUUUCUUAAGAAUCUCAAAUUGAACUAGAUGCAUUCUAGUGCGAAACGUAUACAAUCAACUUUGUAUUAUUACAACGUACGGUUAAUCAGUCUGCAAGCAAAGGCGGCUACCAUGAGUGAAAAGCUAGGCAGUUUAGUUUUUCCGUUAUAUGAGAAGAGAUUUUUUGUUGCUAGUUCUUACUAUACUAUAUUAUAGACAAAUGCGUUAAUCAUUUGAACAUAUUUAUCAUUACAUAAUGUCAUUAUUCCAUUCGGCUAUUCCAGAAGUUGCGUGUAGAGAAGCAAACGCGUAGUUGUUGUAAGAUUAUAUAAUCAUAAAACAAUGUACAUUUUAUGAAUAAAUCCAUAUUCUGCACUCCAAUGUGCACUAAA